AUGCCUCUAUUUGCUCGCAAGCGAGCGAGUUCGCAGCCGCCGCUGCCCCGAGGGCCUCCUCCAAGUUCGUCCGCUUCAAUAGCAGCGAGCGCCGCCUUUCUUAACAAGUCUCCUUCGGCUGCUUCCCUAUCUGCCGCCGCUGCCGGCGCUGCUCUCCGAUCUCUCACGUCGUCACCGGAACCUGUGGGAAAUAUACAGACCAAGCGCAUGCAAAGGAGAGGCUCUCAAUCUUCGGUAGGAGGCGGCGCUAUCAUGGGCGGAAAUCCUAGGAACAGCAUGGUCAGACAGACUAGUAGUUCGUCCAUGUCGGAUCGAACAUUCAGAUCGCCUUCGCCUGGUGGCAGGCAGAGAGCCUUAUCGCCUGCACCAGACGCUCCCCCAGUUCCAGCCAUCCCCCAGAACGUUAUGCGCUCACAGCGAAGAGCUGCAAGUCUUGAUGUGCAAAACCGCAUCAGUCUACCCAGCCCGAGCACUCCCAGGAGUGCACAGCGCAAUACCAGUGUUGACAGAGCAGGAAGGACGCUUAACUUGCCAACCAAGCCCGGGUUGAAGAGGGAAGACAGCACCAACUUCUCACGACCCAUGAGCCCUGCUCGCGCCGUUUCCCCUCCUCCACGGCCGAACUCGAGCGUCGGUUGGUUCACCUCGCCUAAGGUCAGCAAUGGCACUCCUCGUGCGAACCCCUCGCCCGCCAGACCUCAAUCCGCUCUCGACUAUUCUUCUCCAGCAGCCAGGAAAAUACAGCAAGACGUGCAAAACGCUGCCAAUGCGCCUGUCAAGAAGAACAAGAAGACCGUUACUGAAGGCGCCCGGCUCGCCAAUGGCACCAUGAACGCUGCCCCUACAGGUUCCAUCAUGCGCACCGCACCACAAGAACCCGUUCAGACAAAACCCGCGCAACCACAACCCAUCCACACAGAGACAACGCCUAAGAAGAAGAAAAAGACGACUGUCGUGCCUCCUGUAGACACUCAGGCCACUGGAGGUUCCUCUCUCGCUCCUGUCAAUCCUUCUCCGAGCACGAUUGCCUCCAACAGCCCAAACUCCCCUCGUGCGACAAGUACUUUGCACAAACAACCAUCUGUGGUUCGCGAGGAGCCCAAAGCUGAAGCCGUCGCUGAGGUUCAAACCAAACUCAAGCCGAAAACUACUCCAGUCAAACACAAUCUUCUCAGAUCGCUCCGAGACACCGACCCAGGCACUCUCCCCGGUACUAUUACGACAUCUGAAGGACCGGUUCAGGCUUACGUUGCGCCCAAAAGCACCCGUCCACGAGCUGUCAGUCUGGAUAUUCCUAGAGGCUACGGUCAGCGCGCCGGCUCCUCCAGUCCUUCUCGCAACGUCCAUGCACAUUUCGUCGAAGGCUCGUCGCUGGUGACUCCAAUGAGCGUUAGGCAUCAUCCUCCUCCUCGGUCUGUUUCCCCUAUGAAGUCCGCGCUUAGACAGUCUCCGGCCUCAUCAGUCAGGAAUAUCUCUCCUAACGUUGCUGUCAAUGGCAAGCCAAAAGCCCCAGCAAGUGAAACAUCCGACACUGGAUCUUUGGCUUCCCAGGAUGGCAUCAAGCCAGCCAAGGUAAAGAAGAGUGUUCGCAUCAGCGAGGAUGGCAGCAAUCCCGUUCCGCCCGUUGCUGAUCCGAAUGCGCGAAGAGAGCUCUCAGGCGCAUGGUCGAAUGAUGACAGUAACGAGAUCAUGAAGCCACGAUCGGCGCUUCCAUCAUUCAGCAGCGUUAGAGGUCGCAAGCCUGAACAAGCAGAGAAGCCUGAGAAAGUCACCGAGACAGUGUCUUCUAGCAUGACAAACAGUGCAAGCACCUUGCCCGAUCACCGUGAAACCUCCAACGAUCAGCUGGUGGGCGCGGUCCUUGCUCAACACUACGCCAAGAAGGAACACAAAUUCGACGCUCAGCCAUCCACUACGGUUGAGCCACUACCUCCACAGGUCACUAGCAAGGAAACAUCGGCCGACAUGUCGGACUCAGCCUACUCAGAGGACGAGGCAGAGACACACUUCCACCCGCCCACUCAGGGCGAAAAGACAAUCACCCAGGACGAAACGGCAUCUUCUAGUCACGAUCCUGCGACUUUGGACCACAGUGUUGAGGGUCCCGAGGCAAACCCCAUCGAACAAGCCGUGCCUGCGCUUGCUCUCCAGCCUCCCACACCUGGUGUUGAAGAAGAGUCCGAACCUUCGUUGGACGCAGCUGUAGUACAAUCCGCUUCGAGACCUGUGCUUAAGCAGCGCAACAGUAUGCCUGGAUCUUGGGACGGUGAAGAUUGGGAACAUCAGAAGCCCGCUGCGCUCUCGAGGCAAGCAAUUCGCGACGAAGCUCUCUUAUCCGAAAACGACUCAAGCGACGAUGAAGAGGGAGUCCUGCACCCUGCUCAGGCUUCAGUAGAAGGAGUUUCGCCGGUGCUGCAGCCUAUCUACGAAUCGGACUCCGACAUAAGCGAAGAUUUUGCUGAUGCCGAAGAGGACUUCGAGCCUGGCGGCUUCGCCUCUCUCGAUGCUAUCGUUGAAAGUCCUGUGACCAAACCCGCAGCCGUUAUUCCUAGCCCUCCAGUCAGCCCGCAAGCUGCCCUUCCCCCGUCAAGGGCUAACUUGUCAGACUCGUCUGCUCUUAGCGAUGAGCAGCUCAUGACAGAUAAUACCGACUGGAAUUCUGCCACCGCUUACUGGAGUAGUCUGAGCAGAACGAAGAAGUUGGAGCUCGAAGCCGAGGCCGAGGCUGCAAUUGCUGUUCCUGUCGGCGCAUCUGUGCCCAAACCUAAGAAGAAGAAGCAGCCUGUUGAUCAAUUGGAUAUAACAAACCCUACCACAUUCGCACCGGCUGGUGUUUCGACCAGAGACGACCCCUUCGAAGCCGAAGAGCAGCAAGAGUCGCGUGCACCCGCGAUGCGAAAGUCGAUGCGUAGCUCUGGUGAGUCGGAGCGUACUUCUAGCGAAUCACAGAUGCGCAAGUCUAUGCGCGGUCCUCCAGCACCUGUUGCUUCUUCGAACGAGACACACAUGCGUACUUCGAUGCGUGCUGGUGGACCAAUGCGCUCAGAAGGUUCUAUGAAAACCUCGAUGCGUGGUGAUGCCGGUGCUAAGCCUGCUAAGAGAGCGUCGGCUCCCGUCACGAUCAGCAUUCCUGGAGCUGGUUCUGCCGCUGCUGCAGCAGCCAGAUCUCAGCCAGCACAGAAGCCUACCAAGCCAGUUGUCGCCCCUCUGCCAGCUUACGACUCGGACUCGGAAUCCAGCUUCAAGAAGAACAAGCGUCGUGGUUCGGUUUCGACCGUUGACUCUGUCGGCAAGUACACUAUGAAACGAUCAAUGCGCUCUGGUUCGGUGGACGCGGGACCCCCACCACAAGAACGUGGACGCGAAGUUGCGUCGCCAGCCAAGAAUGGAUCAGGAAGAUUCAGUCUGCGCUCUCUGUCCCCAACAGGCUCUUUCAUGGGCCGCAACCAAGGCGAGAAGAUCAGGCAGUCUCUACGUGGUGCACCAGUUGAUGACACUCCCACCAUGCGCGGUAAGAACAACAGAGCUUCUCGUGAUGCAAAGGCUCAAUCAGGCUUUGGCUUUGGCAAAUCAAAGGCUGCCCCUGCAGCUGCGCCGAAGGUCAAAUCUGGAGGCUUCAGAUCUCGAUUUGCGGACAGUGAUGACGAAGACGAUGCUCCUCGAGGAGCAUACCGCAGUCGCUUCGCCGAUUCUGAUGACGAAGACUCGGCUGUUGGUCCUCCCAAGCACAUGCCUGCCAAUCUCGCCCCAGUCCGCGGUAUUCCCAAGCGUAGAGGUCAAGACUCGGAUUCGACCGAUCUCUCCGACUCUGAGGAUGAGGGUCGCAAUGGAAAGAAGAAGACUGCCGGAAGAAGCAGCACUAAGCCUGCUGUACCCAGUCAGUCAGAUAUUGACGCAGCAAUGGAAGUCGCCAGACGCAACGUCGCCGCCAUGAACGGCGGUCGUGAGCCAGGCGUACCCCAGGCACCUCCAGUACCAGCAAGCAACACUGCAAUUCCAGAGGCACCCUUGACGCCAACCAGACGCAAGGGUUUCCUCGGCAGCGUUCUUCGCAGAAACAGUUCUUCCUAUGUCGCACAGUCACCAGUCGACUCGCAAUUCCCACGCAGCCCCACCACGAAACAGCCCAAGCUGCAAAGACGCACAACACCACAGAACUGGCCUUUACCCGCAGCAGGCACAAAUGGCAAUGCUGCCACUGACCACAGACCUACGACCAGUGACGGCGUUCCCAGCUUGAAGAGGUCUAUGCGACCAGACAACCGCCGCAGCAUGAGCGGCAAUGACCUGAACCACACGGCCAAUGGCGGAACCGUGCAAAGCACUCCCUCCGGAAAGAAGAAGAAGUUCUCGGGUCUGAGAAAGCUAUUUGGUCUACACGACUAA